AUGUCAAGUGAUUCAGAAGAGGAGAGCUAAAAUUCUAAUUAAGAUGAAAAUGUGAUCCACCCUAGAAAAGCCUUCAAUAAGAAACCAAAAGAUUUAGAAAAUAAACUAUCUGAGGCUAAAUUAGAGAUUAUCAUGAAUAACAAUAUCGAAAAAGCCAAGCAGAUUCUAGAUGAGAUUAUUAGUCAACAUGCAAGGUACUAAAGAGCCUUCAUAACGUAUGGCCACAUAUGGAAAUUAUAAGGCAACUAUGAAAAAGCAAUACAUCAUUUCACUAUUGCCACUAAAAUAAAAACAUCUCCAAAAUUAUGGAAGAAAAUUGCUUUUUUGGAGAAGAAGUUAGCACAAAAAUUGGAAUAAGAAUAAAUAUAAAGUGAAGCAAUAUUUUAUCAUUACUACCAAGCUGCGAAAUAUCUUGGUAAGCUAUUGAGAUAAAGAAAUAAAGCUCCAAAUAUUUAAUUAAUGUCUGAGAGAGUUGAUUGCUUAGAGAAAUGCUAUGAAUAUGAAAAAGGAAUUAAAUAAUUGAAAGUUUUGGUUGAAAUUGCUAUUAGUUUAUAAUAACAUCAAUUACAUCAGGAGAGUAUUAAGAGAAUGGCUAAAUUAUAUGUAAAAAAGAAUUAGUUGGAAGAUGCAAAACAAAUAUUAAAAUCAAUUCCUUUGACUGAUAAAUCAACGAUUAUGAUAUGCGAAAUUUUAGAGAAGUCCAAAAACUUGGAAGAAAUGAGAGAAUUACUGGAUGGAUACUUUGGAUCAAAAACUAUGACAGCUAUCCUUAAAAAUCACAGUUAUCGCUUAGUAAAUUUCUAUUUAUAAUGCUUAUAAUAAAGUUUUACGGAUUAUUAAUAGAUAGUAGACUUUUAUUUAAAUAGUGAUAAGAAUACGUAAUUUUAAGAAUAAUCUUGUAAAAGUUUGAUUGAAUUGAUUGACAAACUAGAUAAUAUUCCUAAAUAAGAACUUUUAUAAGUGUUAUAUAACUAUAGAGAUUAAUUCAGUCCUCAAUUGAAGUAAGAAAUUCUCACUAAAUUCAAUAACUUCAAUUUUAAUUCUGAUGCAUAAUAAAUUAUUGAAGAGCCUCCAAUUCCUGUUUAACCAAGUACAAAAGAUUAAAUUUUAUUUCUAUAUAAGAAAUUGAAACAUACCACUGAUGUUAAUGAAAAGUAUGAUUUCUUAAGGAAAAUACUGACUUAAGAGGAAAAGUCAUAUAACAAAUUGAAAUACUUUGAUGGUAUUAAGAGAGAGGAGUAUGAAUAACUAUUUGGAAGGAAGCAUAAAAAAAGAAGAUUAAGAAAAUUUCACACUAUCAGUAACCAGUUAAGAAAGAAAACAACGAGUCUUUCAGUUGAAAUUGGAUAUUAAAAUUUCUUUACGAUUAUAUUAAAUGUGUUCGAAUCGCUAUUGGAGAAUGAUAAAUCUUAGGAACUUUUUAAAUUGACUCAUUUGGUCUAUCAAUUGAGACUCAAAAAAAUUGCUAAUAAUGAUAAUAAGUAUUAUGAAGAAUUUAUUUAAAAAUUGGCUUAAUAUGGGUUGUGGGCAUCUUUAAAGGAAAGAAAAUAUAGUUAUGCUCCAAUUUAUUUAAAAUACAUUGAUGAAUAAAACUUGAUAUUAUAUCUAAUUUAGAUUAUAGAUUAAAAUAUUUAACCUAAAUUAAGAGGUAUUUUUAAUAGUUUCACAAGAAAGAUUUCUUGCUUUUAGCAAAGUGUUAUUCCAUAUAAAUUAGAUUAAUUAUUAAAGUUACGAGAGAAUGAUCAAAAGAAUCCACUAUAUAACCUAUUAAUAUGUGUAAAAUAUUUAUAAGAGAUGACAGGAAGACUAGCAACAGACCAGGCAGAACUGUUCAAGAAAAGUCUUUAUUACUUUGAUUGUUAUAAAGAUUGCUAAGUUGAUUCUUUGGAGGUGAAAUACAAUCUGGCAAGAAUAUACUUACAUAUUAAUAUAGUAAACAAAGGGAUGGAAAUACUAGAGGACAUUUUGAGUUUGCCAUAAGAUCAUCCAGUGAAAUCCAAGGCUGGUUUUGCUUUGAUGUAGAUUCAUAAGAAAUUGGGAAAUAACGAACAAGCUUUUUAUUAUUUAAAAUAAUAUAACACUUUUUAAUGA